AUGUAUACUAUUUGGAGGCCAAGGCUCCUUGUAGCACUGUUCCCUUGCAAGGAAUAUGGGCCAGUGAUCCAUGAGUUCGACCCUUGGUUCAACUACCGUGCCACGGAGUACUUGGCAACUCAUGGAUGGAAGAGGUUCUUCACCUGGUUUGAUCACCAAUCCUGGUACCCGCUGGGCCGUCCAGUUGCAACGACCAUCUAUCCGGGAAUGCAGAUCACAGCGGUUGCCUUGUGGCAGAUGUUGCAGCGCUGUGAUCCAUCCUGGUUCGGUGGUGUCUCUGCAGUGUUUGCCGGGCUCCUGACGUUGGAAUGCUCUGGAUUGGGUGCUGCAGCCGUUGUGGCGAGCCUUACCAUGGCCAUCGUGCCCGCCCACCUUUCCCGAUCUGUUGGAGGAGGAUUUGACAACGAAUCUGUGGCGAUGCCGGCGAUGUGCGCCACUUUCUUCUUCUGGUGCAGGGCUCUACGAUCUGCAAAGUCUUGGCCCAUUGCAGCGAUGGCAGGGCUGGCCUACGCCUACAUGGCGGCUGCGUGGGGCGGCUACAUUCUGGUGUUGAACAUGGUGGGUUUGCAUGCAGGGCUCUUGAUGCUGUUCGGCUGCGAGGGCAAGCUCUAUGAGGCCUACAGUCUGUUCUUUGUGGUGGGGACUGCUCUGGCUAUGCAGGUGCCAGUGGUAUCUUGGACACCGCUGCGCUCAGCGGAGCAGUUGGGGCCCUUGGCGCUCUUUGUUCUCUUCCAGAUCCAAAAGGCUUAUCGGCGCUUCCUCAAGCCAGACCUUUUCCGAGAGCUGGGCCUGUUGGCAGUGUUGGUCCUGGCUCUGGCCUUCUUGAUUCCUUCAGGUUACAUUGGCCCCUUCUCAGUCAGAGUCAAAGCCCUCUUCGUGAAGCAGGCCAAAACUGGGAAUCCACUGGUAGACUCGGUGGCUGAACAUCAGCCCGGGAGUUCCGACGCAUACCUGAACUACCUGGGAAUGGUGUACUACGUGGCCCCCUGGGGAGUACCGGCAAUAUUGCUAAGACCACGCAAGGACCUUGGCCUCUUCUUGCUAUCAUUGGCAGCUGUGAGCCUCUUCUUCUCCCUGCGGAUGCGGCGCCUGGUCCUGCUGAUGGCCCUGCCGGCCUCUGCCCUAAAUGGCUGUGCCCUGGGUCAACUCUUUGAUCAGUUUCUUGCCAGGCCUGUACUCCUUUCGUUGCAAGAAGCGGAGCAGGUUCUCCGGACCUGGAAUCGGCCUUGGAUGCGUGCUGUGCGAGUUCUUUGUGGCUUGGCCAUGUGUCACCAGUUGCAAAAGGGCAUCGAGGAAUUCGCUAAGUUCUGUGACGACAAGGCUCGGUGGUCGCUGUCGCAUCCCCAAAUCGUCACCAAGACACGAGGCGGGACCCUGAUCGAUGACUACCGAGAGUCUUAUCUGUGGCUGCGCGAAAACACCGCCGAAGAUGCCAGGAUUAUGGCUUGGUGGGACUAUGGGUAUCAGAUCGCAGGAAUGGCGAAUCGCACUACAAUCGCAGAUGGCAACACUUGGAAUCACGAGCACAUAGCGCUCUUAGGCCUGUGCUUGUCUUCCCCUCUGAGGGAGGCCCAUGCCAUUGCGCGGCACCUGGCGGAUUAUAUCCUGGUUUGGGCUGGAGGCGGAGGUAAAGAUGACGUAGGCAAGUCCAAGCACAUGGCCCGCAUCGCAAACUCCGUGUACCAUGGCCAUUGUGCAGAAGAUGACUGUGACCAGUAUGGGGUUUUCCCCGGUGGGAAGCCUAGCAAGAUGAUGCGGGAUUCACUUGUCUAUGGCCUCUGCGGAAGAACUGCUCUGGAUACAAACCUCUUCGAGGAAGUUUACUACAGCCAGAACAAGCGCGUUCGUAUUGUGAAGGUGCACCAGGUGUCCCAAGAGUCAAGGGCCUAUGCAGCCGAACCCAGCAACCGGCUUUGCGAUGCGCCUGGGAGCUGGUACUGUCCUGGAACGUAUCCACCUUCCCUGCAAGCCCUCUUCAACCGGAGCGAGGCUAGUAGAGAGGCUCAGGCGUAUCAAAAAGCCUACGAUGCCCGCAUCCGGGAGCAGCUAAAAGAGCGGCCGGAACCCAAUGGAGACGGAUUGCCUACUGGAAGCUACCUGGGCUCUUGCCGAGGGUGUCGUAUGGAGGCCAAAGUGCUUCAUUGCAGUCACUGCCGUUUACCCGGCUCGCCAUCACUUUCUUCCUCUUUGGACUUGGACACCUGCUGGGUACCCAAGGUCAAUAAUAUUCAUGGACACCUGCAGUGUGAGCCUAAGCCCAAUGGUGCCAACAUCCCAGCGGGUGGGUACCAGCAGUCUUGCAAAGGCUGUGAGCUUAAUUCAAGGGGCUUCCUUGCAUGCAGUCAUUGCUCCACAGCAUCAGGUAAGCAAAACCCUUCGAGUUACAGGUUGGACAACUGCCCAGCCCCUGGUACCUUGGACAACGACAAUGGACGACUGACUUGCAAUGGCCUGCCAAAUGAUGCUGCUCUUCCUUCAGGGCCCUAUCUGCACUCAUGCCAGGGCUGCCAACUACAACAGCCACAUGUGGUCUGCAAGCUUUGCCGAAGAGCUGAUGGACAGCAGGUGGAGUCCAGAUACGAGCUUGACAGAUGCCCGCCGCCUUCAUUCAAGCUAGAUAACCAGGAUGGUCGCCUUGUCUGCGUGGGGACAUCCAAUGCCGAGAAAAGUGCAGACAGGAUCUUGAAGCUUUGCUACAUGUUGUUACCUUCACCAUGCCUAAGCCUUGAAAUCUAG